AAAAUGUGAGUUUAGAAGUAUUCGUCAAUCAACAGAAGUUGCUAUUGCCGGUACAUUGCGAACUGAAUUUGUGGUCACGCUCAAGUCAGGUUUGCGAAUACCUAAUUGAAAUUUCGCUUUACUACUAAGUUAUAUGGCUUAAUUAAACUCAGACAAAGACGAGUUUUAAUUUUGAAAUAAGAUAUUGACUUCCUCAUUUGAUAGAUGAGCUGAAUAAAAAAAAACAGUUUUUUUUUAAUUUCGUCUCAAGUUAUGUUACUGAAAUUAUUUUGCGUUAUCUUGCCUUUUAAUUGUAAAUAUUUGCUUUCCGUUGACAUUGAAGAAGCCUUAGUUCUGUUGGACGGUUUAAAUAAUAAUUAUUGAAUUCCUCGAUUAUUGGUCUAGCAAGCUAAAGCUUACGUCAUUACAGACACCAAGUUGUUUGUUUUCUUGGAAUGAAUUUUUCGAAAUUGUUAUCUGGAUUUUUGGCACUCUUGGUAUCAAACACUAGCUGAAUCCAGAAGAAGUUCUCAAAGUUCAAGAAAAAGGGCUUGUUUAAUUUAGGUUUGAUCACAGUAAUAUCGCUUGCAAGUUAUGAGCAAUGCGUAAAUUUGAUUUCGAUGAUUAGCAGAAAGCGGAAGUUGAAAUCGUCUUAAGUAUUACGUGACAUUUAUCUAUCAUUCAGUGUGCUUUUUCGAAAUUAAAAUUCUGAAAGCUAUUCACAAUUACAAAAGCUAUUUAACUUAUUUUACAACAAAUGAAGUAUUAUUACUCGAAGUAUUUAGAAUAACUGUUUCAAUUAUUACGUAACAGUUCCAUUGAUUGCGUUAUCAAAUUCAUUUUCAAAUUGAACUAUUACGUAACAACUGGGCGAAGAACAAGGAGUGAUGACAACAAUGGUUCAUAACCAUAGCAUCGGCCAUGUUCCCCUCUGUUUUUCACCCUCCAAUAAACCACAUCCACACAACAUUCCUCACUCAAGUCAGGGUACCCAACGAGUAGAUAACCCCAGGCAUGACCCUCUGCUGACUCCCUCACCCUAUUCGAUGAUGUCUGAGAUUUCACCUGAAAAUGGUUCGGGAGGAGCAGCCAGCGAUUGCAGCCUGGGAAGUGGUGCUAACAAUGGAGUGAGUGUGAUAGUUGAGAACUGGAUUCAGACUGACUCCCCCCUCGCCAGUCCCAAUUUAUUCGCAGCUAAGAGGGGUUGGAGACUACCGCCAGACCCAUGUCCAGUCUGCGGAGAUGUAUCCACAGGGCACCACUAUGGCAUCGACUGCUGUGAGAGUUGCAAGGGAUUCUUCCGUCGAGUAGUGCAGCAGAAGCAGAACUACUCUUGUAAAUGGACUAGCGAGUGCUCCGUCACAAAGCAGAGCAGAAGAAACUGCGCCGCCUGCAGAUUCAACAAGUGCAUAUCAUUGGGAAUGCUCACCACCUCCGUGCGUGAAAACCGAAAACGAGGCGGCUGCAAACGUAGGAAAAAAUUACCAACCACUUGUAGCAGCUCAUCCAGUGGAAAUUGCUCCGUCAUUAAAACAGGUACAGCAGGUGGCUGGGGGAUUGGUAGUUUAUUGUCAUCUGAAAUGAGGUUCAAACUGGGGUCUCGGAACUUCAAUUUGAUGACCAACAGUCCUAUAUGUCACAAUGACUAUGGCGCCCCCUCUCCUUCUUAUUCCAUCACAACGGGGGACACAGGAGGACUGAUAAUUCCCUCUCCUUCUCAACCCAGCUGUAACACUGCCACUUUCAGCCUUCCAGGAAACUACCUACAUUCUACUGCUACGUCUCCAGAUGGUUCAAAUUUGAUCAGUGCUUGCGUGGAAGCAUACACGAAGUUCCUUGUUCCAGCUGCCCUGACGAAUAAGGACUCUACUUCUUCCAACUGCUUCGUGACCCCUGAAGGUCAAAUGGUGACCCCAUUCCAAAAUCUACCCUACGCGGACUGCAAUGUUCUGUGGACCAGAUCUGUUUUGGGAAAUGUGAACGGGAUACCUCAAUCAGUGCAUCUGACCUGCCUGCUUCACAACUGGGUUUCAUUGUCUCUUUUCGACUUCCUUCUUGUUCACGCCUACAUCUCGCCUUCAUCUACUUCCACAACAACAACAACAACGAAAACAAAAGAAGAAACAAAUAGUCAUAACGUCAUCAGGAACUCUUACAACACGCACUGCAAUCCGAACAGUAAGGGAGGCAGUUUUGUUAAUAGUCCUCCUCCGCCUCUGAUUGGACCGUGUUUCUCUACAUCGGGCUUGCUAUCUUCCCCCCUUUGUAGUGAAAGUAGUGCUGGCAGUUGUAUUCCAGACUCGCACCCGUCGACAACACGUGCUCAAAUGGACAACUUCAACAAAAGAAGAGACAGUGAUGAAACAUUGGCUGCUAAUGACCUAACAGUGAACGGACUUCACUUCCAGUCCAUCCUUUCGAAGCUGACCAAUCAGAAGAGCGUAGAGAGGACAACAGCUCUAGAGCACAUGUCACGCAGAGUGAACAGACUGUGUUUGGACGUGAGCGAAGUGGCUAUGACCAGAACAAUAGUGCUUCUAGCUUCGAGUUGUAGCGAAUGUCGGCGCGAAAGACUGCAUAGAACAGUCUACGUCAUAGGAACAGAUUCAAACCACAACCACAGGGACGUUAUUCAAGAUGACUUCGCUUGUCGGUCCGACUCUACCAAUUGUUUGAUGACACACGUUAGUGAAAAUUCGUCCGACCUUCAAUGUAUAAGACUCGGUCAGCUCUCAAUACUGAUGGAGCUUGAGGGUUACUGCGAAACGAAAGCUCUACUUUCACUGAAUUCCAACAGUGGUUGUGCCGACACGACCGAUGGAAGCAAAACUACGCCAGUUUUAUCCACUGAAAUGUUCGGUAUUCAAGGGGGGAGAUUUGGAGACGUUAAUGUAACGUCACCGCCCAAGUUUGGUCCAAUUUUAACGGGAUUAAUUGUACCAGAACCUACGCUUUUUCGAUCACCAGAGCUCGGGGAACCAAACUAUCACCAUCAUCAUCAUCAUCAACUCAUAUCAGAAUUCAGUAAUCAGCAACAUCAAGGUUCGUCGACAGCAAGCCGGAAUUUAGACAUGUCGCCUCAUGGUACAUACUCAAAUCCAAAUUAUCACUCGGGUCAAGUUGAACAGAAUACGUUUUCACCGCCGCUGCCGCCGAGAAUUGAUGGCCAUCCAAAGAGAGGUCGAGCAGCAUCUCAAGGACAAAGUUCGUCCCAAGAUCAAUCAGGUCAUAAUCGAGUGCCAUCUUUCACGUCUAUCUUCGAAAGAAGGCCUGGUUCUUGUCCGAUUUCGUCGCAAGAUGUCACUUCUUCGCUCUCCGCUCCUAUUCCGAAAAUAGACAGAUUCUACGAAUUGUGUCUCCUUCUAUGUGAUAUAGACAGAUACGUGGCUGACAAUUUGGGCCGGGUGUACAGAGGCAACGAUGUAUUUGCGCUACUUGUUAAGAGAAGUGAAUCUCCCACUGAAAUCAAAUCGACUUAUCAGAAGGUGCUAAACGAAGAAGGGAUAAAACUGAAAACUGGCAAUCCAAAUGGAUAAACAAAAAUAUUGAUAGUGUUGUUGAUGUUAAAACAUGUCAGCUACACAAUUGUAUCCAAUUUUAUUUAAUUAUGAAAAUCAUAUUCAAAAGCGAAAUUCAAUACAAAAGAUUGUUUUAUUAUGAAAACUAUAGACAAAGGAAAUUCAAUACA